AUGUCAGGUUACUAUGGUGUCAGAAGAUCUUUCUUAUCUGACUCAGAUUUCCACAACACUAAACAGUUUUCAAAUGACGUCUACACCUCAAGCGUGGCUAAGCCCUUUUCCUGUGAGUCGUCCACAGGCCAGGGCUACCCGGGCCUCCUGGAUUCCUACUUUCCGGAGCCCUACGGAGACUACCGGCCUGCAGCCCUGACUACCAACACGGGUUCCAUGUUCAGCACCUCGCCCCUGCCACCGCUCCUGCCGCCUCCCUUCACCAGCGACCCUUCACACUUUGUAUUCAGGGACUCAUGGGAGCAGACGGUACCUGAUAGUCUCAGCCAGCCAGACCUCGUGCCUGCGGACGCCCUGCAAACCUUGCCACCCAGCACGAGUUGCCUGUCACAGCUUGAGUCGGGGAGUACCGCCCAGCAUAGGAGCUCAAGCUGGGGGGCUACCCUGGCUGGGUCUCAGUCUUACUCGCUGCAUGGCCUGGAGGAGCUGCACCACACGCCAGGGUACCCCACCCCAUCUCCCUACCCCUUCACUCCUUUCAUGACAGUGGCAAAUGACCUAACAUCCAAAGUGGUACCCCUCACAACAGAUGAGGGGGCAGACGCCUCUUCCCUUCACGACUCUUCUCCAUGGACGAAAGAAGAUGGAGGCCUGGCGUGGGGGUCGUAUGAAUGCCACCGGGCCUACUGA